AUUUACUACUAGCUCUGCAUCUGCGUCUCUGUAUAUAUACAUGCUGCUCCUCCCCUAUUGUAUAUCAAUCAUUCUUCUCCCUCUUUCCAGUCACAUUGUCUGCGCUUAAGAGGCGAUUCGUUUCAUUUCAAAGCUCAGCUGUGGAUUGAAUCGGCACCAUGGCAACCGGACAACUUUUCUCCAAGACUACUCAAGCCUUGUUCUACAACUACAAACAACUUCCCAUCCAACGGAUGCUUGAUUUUGAUUUCCUUUGUAGGAGAGAAACUCCUUCCAUUGCUGGAAUUAUAAAUCCUGGUUCGGAAGGAUUCCAGAAACUCUUCUUCGGUCAGGAGGAGAUUGCAAUUCCUGUCCAUUUAGGCAUCGAAGCUGCUUGUGCCGCUCAUCCUACAGCUGAUGUUUUCAUUAACUUUGCAUCAUUCAGAAGUGCUGCUGCUUCCUCCAUGGCUGCUCUCAAGCAGCCAACCAUUAGAGUAGUGGUUAUCAUAGCUGAAGGUGUUCCUGAGUCAGACACCAAGCAGUUGGUUGCUUAUGCAAAAGCAAACAACAAGGUAGUUAUUGGCCCAGCUACAGUUGGAGGAAUUCAGGCUGGAGCUUUUAAAAUUGGUGACACUGCUGGGACCAUUGAUAACAUUAUUCAUUGCAAGCUUUACAGACCAGGAUCUGUUGGCUUUGUUUCCAAAUCUGGUGGUAUGUCUAGUGAAUUGUACAAUACCAUUGCCCGAGUGACGGAUGGAAUUUACGAAGGUAUUGCAAUUGGAGGGGAUGUAUUCCCUGGCUCUACACUGUCUGACCAUGUUCUGCGCUUUAACAACAUUCCACAGGUCAAAAUGGUGGUUGUUCUUGGGGAACUUGGUGGAAGGGAUGAAUACUCCUUAGUUGAAGCCCUCCAACAGGGAAAAAUUAACAAGCCAGUGGUUGCUUGGGUCAGUGGAACAUGUGCAAGGCUUUUCAAGUCAGAAGUACAAUUUGGACAUGCGGGAGCAAAGAGUGGUGGUGAGAUGGAGUCUGCACAAGCAAAGAAUCAAGCACUUAGGGAUGCAGGAGCUGUAGUUCCAACCUCAUAUGAAGCUUUUGAAGGAGCCAUCAAAGAAACAUUUGAGAAGUUGGUUGAAGCAGGCAAGAUUACUCCUGUAAAGGAAGUGGUACCUCCACAAAUUCCAGAGGAUCUUAAUACAGCAAUUAAGAGUGGGAAAGUUCGUGCACCAACUCAUAUUAUUACUACCAUCUGUGAUGAAAGAGGUGAAGAGCCCUGCUAUGCUGGUGUCCCCAUCUUCUCUCUCGUUGAGCAGGGAUUAGGUGUGGGUGAUGUCAUUUCUCUAUUGUGGUUCAAACGGAGCCUUCCUCGUUACUGCUCUCGGUUUAUUGAGAUUUGCAUAAUGUUGUGUGCUGACCAUGGUCCUUGUGUUUCUGGUGCCCACAACACCAUAGUAACUUCUCGGGCAGGAAAAGAUGUAGUGUCCUGCCUUGUUUCAGGAUUGCUGACAAUUGGUCCCCGAUUUGGUGGGGCUAUUGACGAUGCUGCUCGAUACUUCAAGGAUGCAUAUGACAGGGGCCUUACACCUUAUGAAUUCGUGGAAGGUAUGAAGAAGAAGGGCAUUCGAGUGGCAGGAAUUGGUCACAGGUAUCAGAACUUGAAAUGAAGCUUGCUUACUUUGAUGCAUCAUGUGCAACACAGGGGACAGGGCAUCUGAUCUGCAUUGUACUUGUUAUUUGGUUCAGCAAAUUGUUUAUGUGAAUGGCCCUUCAGGUUGGUCUACCUUAUUAUAGAAUAGUUGAAUAUAAUAUCGACCCGGAGACAUCAAAGCUGCCGUAACAUAAAAACCAUUUUAACUUGUCUAUCUUUUCAUAUGAUUACGUGUUUGAAUGCGUCAAUAUGUUUUUCCUUAUGCCCUAUUGUCAUUGUCAAACAACAUGAAUUUACAGUAAAAUAUUUCAAACCAAUUUGCACG